AUGAGGGAGCACCACGGCGGCAAGGCGGCCGGCAUCCGGCGGCACUACCGCCGCUGCGCCCCGGCAGCCUCCAACAUCGCGGUCGCAUCCCUGCUCCUCGCGCUCUGCGUGCUCUACCUCGUCUUCGGCCCGGCCAACUCCGACCUCGACCUCGCCAUCCCGCGUAUCCGCGUCGUGUUCAAGGAACAACCCGUCCGCACAGCCUUCCCGGCGCCGCCUGUCGCCGCCGCGCCUGCGCCCGGCAACGCGACCGACGACGACGAGGACAGAGGCCUCCCGCCGCCCCGGCAGCUGACGGACCCGCCCUACUCGCUGGGCCGCACCAUCCUGGACUACGACGCGCGCCGGUCGGCCUGGCUCGCCGCGCACCCGGAGUUCCCCACGCGCGUGCCGCCCGCGGGCCGGCCGCGGGUGCUGGUCGUCACGGGGUCGGCUCCCGCCCGGUGCCCCGACCCGGACGGCGACCACCUGCUGCUGCGCGCGUUCAAGAACAAGGCGGACUACUGCCGCGUGCACGGCCUCGAGGUUUUCUACAACACGGCGCUCCUGGACGCCGAGAUGUCCGGCUUCUGGGCGAAGCUGCCGCUGCUGCGGACGCUGAUGCAGGCGCACCCGGAGGUGGAGCUCUUCUGGUGGGUGGACUCGGACGCCGUGUUCACGGACAUGCUCUUCGAGCUGCCGUGGGAGAGGUACGAGCCCUACAACCUCGUGCUCCACGGCUGGGUCGCCAAGGUGUUCGAGGAGAAGAGCUGGGUCGGCAUCAACACCGGCAGCUUCCUCAUCCGCAACUGCCAGUGGUCGCUUGACCUCCUCGACGCGCUGGCGCCCAUGGGGCCGCGCGGCCCCGUGCGCGACAGGUACGGCGAGCUCUUCGCGCAGGAGCUCUCGGGGCGGCCGCCGUUCGAGGCCGACGACCAAUCGGCGCUCAUCUACCUGCUCGUGACGCAGCGGAGCAGGUGGGGCGACAAGACGUUCCUGGAGAGCACCUACGAGCUCAACGGGUUCUGGGAGGGGAUCGUGGACAGGUACGAGGAGCUUCGGCGCAAGGGGCGGCCAAGCGACCUCGGCGACGGCCGGUGGCCGCUCGUGACGCACUUCGUCGGGUGCAAGCCCUGCCGGCGGUACGCGGACAGCUACCCGGCGGACCGGUGCCGGCGCGGCAUGGAGCGCGCCUUCAACUUCGCCGACGACCAGAUACUGAGGCUGUACGGGUUCGAGCACGAAUCGCUCAACACCACGGCCGUGCAGCGCGUCCGAGACGAGACCGGCGGGCCGCUGGACGCGGACGACGAGGAACUCGGCCGGCUGUUGCACCCCACGUUCCGGGCCGCCAAGCCCACGUAGGCAUCUAUUGCUAGUUUGUCAGAGGUUGUUUUCCAUGGUUGACUUGGUUUUCCUAGAGUUAUUCUAAAGUUGUUCUGAAUUCU